CGCCCCUCCCCGGGUGGCCAGCCGGCGUCCCGUCGGGCGCCACGCGGGGUCAGCGCGGGGUCAGCGUGGGGUCAGAGGGCCAGGCGCGCUGCGGUUCCGCCGGCUCUUCGGCUCCCCGGCUCCGCGGCCCGGCCGGGCGGGCGCAAGGCAGGAUGUACACGCUGCUGUCAGGCCUGUACAAGUACAUGUUCCAGAAGGAUGAGUACUGCAUUCUGAUCUUGGGUCUGGACAACGCCGGGAAGACGACCUUCUUGGAGCAGUCAAAGACCCGGUUCAACAAGAACUACAAGGGGAUGAGUCUGUCCAAAAUCACUACCACUGUGGGCCUAAACAUCGGCACUGUGGACUUUGGAAAGGCCCGCCUCAUGUUCUGGGACUUAGGGGGGCAGGAGGAGCUGCAGUCUCUGUGGGACAAGUACUACGCGGAGUGCCAUGGCGUCAUCUACGUCAUCGACUCCACGGAUGAGGAGCGGCUGUCCGAGUCCAAGCGAGCAUUCGAGAAGAUGGUCACAAGCGAGGCGCUGGACGGUGUCCCCAUCCUGGUGCUGGCCAACAAGCAGGACAUUGAGACUUGCCUCUCCAUCCCCGACAUCAAGACUGUGUUCAGCGACUGCGCCUCCAAGAUCGGCAGGCGCGACUGCCUGACCCAGGCCUGCUCGGCCCUCACGGGUAAGGGGGUGCGCGAGGGCAUCGAGUGGAUGGUGAAGUGCGUCGUGCGGAACGUGCACCGGCCGCCGCGGCAGCGGGACAUCACAUAGGCGCAGCCGGCCCAGGGCGCCUGCCGCUCGUCCUGAAGAGCUCCUGCUGAUUCCGCCGCUGAUCCCCCCGGGGGCUGGGUUGGCUUUGCCUUGGGGUGGUUCUACUUGCUUUGUUUUUCUUCUAAGACAAACUUUUCUCUGUAUCCAGAAAAGCGUAGGCAUCCGGAGGCUUCUUCUGCCGAGGGGAGCUGGGGUGGCAGGGACCCCACCAGACCCUCACAUCGGGCCUGGGCCCCGCCCCCAAGGCCCAGUUUUGGGGUCCCGGGGUGAGGCCUUGGCAGGCCACCACUCCCUUUGGAGCUGCUGCUCCAGCAGGCCUGCCGGCCUGGACCCUCGUGGGGCCUUGUGGGGCAGCUGCUUGGAACUGGGUUUUUCCAGAGGUGUGGGGCCUUUCACAGUGACCAGGGCUACAUCGUGCCCACAGAGGGGGCCGGGGGGCCAUGGCUGUCCUCAGCCUCUGUUCCCUCUGAUCCUGGAGGCGGACCGGGGGGCUGGUGUCAGCUUCAGGAAGACCUGGGCUUGCCUCCGUCCCUGUCCUGAUGCAGCCUCAGGACAGGGCAGGGGAGACCUGCCUGGGAGGCUGUGUGCCCCCUCCACUGGCCCAGCCACCUUGUUUUGAUCCCCAGCAAGGACGGUAAAGCUAGGCGGUUGUGCUGGGAGUGGGCAUCACCCCACCCCCCCAUCCCCCGCAAGCCUGCCUGCCACCCACCUAGGAUGACCACAGUUACCACCUCUGGGGUGGGCUGGUGGUGUGCUGGGCCUGCGCUUCCAGCUGGCAGUGAAGGGCGGGGUCCCCCUCAGGGCUGGGGUGAGCCAUCUAGAAAGCCCUUUCCAGGCCUGUGUCCAGGAGCAGAGGCCCUCCAGGCGAGACUGGUCCUCAGGACCCUCCCACACGGCCCCUGCAGGAGCUGCCAACCCCCCAUGAGCCUAGCUGUGGGUGAAAUAAAGACAGUUGGAGUGGC